AUGGAAGACAUUGCAAAUGAUAUUGUUGAUAAGUUUAAAAACGAUCCAAGUCCUGAUUUUAAAGCUUUCAUUGUUGAAGUUGUUCAACCGGUGAUGUAUAUGCUGAAACGCCAACAAAGUCUUAAAGAUUUUUUCGAUACCCUUAAAGUUGGGGUAAUAGAAUCGAUGAAUAAACCAUUUGUGAGUCAACGUUUAUUAAUUGACACUAUAAUGAUGAAUUCCAAUCGAUUUCUCGGUCAGCAUUUAAUAUCUCUUCUCAGCAAGCGUAACUCUGUACCAAUGAUACAACCUUCAACUGAUUUAACCAAAAACAAAUAUCGUGCGAUACCUAGCAUAAUCCAUAUAUGGGAUUAUGAGCGACCCAUUUUGCUGUCAUUUGGUAUUGGUCAAUGUAAAGGAAAAUCUACAUUAAUUAAUGCUGUCUUCAGCAGUAACUUUGAAGAAUCCAUGGAAGAUCUAUACUUUUGUGAAACAGUCGACAUUGAUUUCGGCUUUCAUUUCAAUCAACGACGCCCUAUUAAUAUCGCGGAUGCUCAUGGUGAAAUCUCUAUUGACACUCUCAAUGAAAUAUCAAUAUUAUUCAAUGGUUUUCUCAUUCAUGUCGAAUGUAAAUAUUUAUGCUCGAAUCAAGCAAAUGUCAUCAAAUAUCUCACAUCGCUACCAUGUCAAGGCUAUAUUUGGCUACUUAUUCGUGAUUCGAAAACUGACAAUGAUCCAAAACUAAAAUCAUCAGUUGAUACUAUACGCUCUGCUUGUUCUCAUUCUCAAAUCGUUCAUUUAACAGAUGUCACUAACAAAAGUUCGCUUCAAAAUAAGUCACAAAUAAAAAGGCUACGUGAAAGUAUAUUUAGUAAUGCAGCUCAACUUCGAUGCUUUGAUAAAACAUUGAUCCAAGAACAUUUAGAAAAACUAUUGGAUAGCACUGAAAAAGAGAUCAUCAAACAAAAUAAAAUUUUUAUUAACAAUAUUCGAGACGUCUUGAUUACAGGCAAAAUCGAAGAUUAUCCUCUUUAUUCUUCAUUCAUGAAUCGAUUUAUAAACACGAAUGAUCAAUGUGUAUCAUUUGUGAUUGUUCCAACGUUUAUUUCCAAUGUGCAAAAAAUUUGUAAAUUUCUUAUUGACGCUUCAUCAGCUAUAAUUCGCGAGACCGGUGAUUCUUUCUGCAUACCCACCAAUUGGAUAAAUUUUGCCAAUCGAGUCUUUCAAACCAUUAAAAAACAUCCAAAUUUAACCUAUUUUCAAGAUGUUUUCGAACGUAAUCAAUAUAAAGCGAUUCGAGAAGAUAUUCGACAGGACUUUGAUCAAUACUUAUCUCCUGCAAUAGCACGACUGUUAGUUGAAAGAGAAAAACAAAAUAGCCGUGAUCAUAUCAGAGACUCGUUCGAAGCGGAACGUAAUCGUACGCUAGGAAUCCUUGAAGAAAAACUCAAUGAACACUGCAACAAACAUGAAGCAACAGACAGCAUACGUGACCGAUCAUUGCAACUAAUGAAAGUACAAUUAAUUAAUAUUUUUCGAUCGUGGGAAGUGUCAACUGUCAUGAAAUCUGAAAGACUUAAAUAUAAUCAAAUGGUCAUUGAAAUCGAUAAAAACCUUAGAGAAAAAGCAACUACUAGUAGUGUCACUCACAAAAAUCAUCUAAUGGAUCGCGUGGUGGCAAGAAAGAUGUUCGAAGAACCAUUUGACAAUCUACUCGCUGAGAAUAGCAAAGACAAAUUCAAAUCUGAGCUCGUAUGGAAACAGUGCAUUACAUUGGUCUCUCAUCUCUGCGAUGUACUCAUUACUGAUGAUUUGCCAUCAAUGGAUAAUUUACUAGGCUACGUACCUUUUCUCACAAGUCUAGAUCCUGUCACAGAUCAGCCCAUCUCAACACAUGAAUGUCUAUCGAAAAUUCAUACUGAAUGCGCAUCGCGAGCUUCGAACUUAGAACUGUUAGCUUCACGUUCAACCGAUCCAUCUCGAAUCAUUUCUAUCAAAGAUAUAGAACAGACUUAUAUAUUUCUAAAUGGAGAUAAAUUGUCAAAGUUAUUUCUUGAACUUCAAGGACAAGGCAAACAAACAAGAGCAACAGUUAUAAAAGGUUUACGCCAACAAUUUUCAGAAGUCUUUCAAAAGAAUUGGGAAACAAUAGUUAGAAAAUCAAGUUGCUUCGAAAUGUUAACUACUGAUCUAGAAAAAUGCUUAACGUCAGAAAAAGGUGACGAGUUCUCGACUGAAAUUAAAUUUGUCCAGGAGAUUCUAGGAGUGGCCAAUAAGAUUAUUCAAAAUUUUAGCAAUGAAUUAAGUAUUUUUGGUUUCUGUUUAUCAAAACAAUUCUGCAGUUCCUUAUAUAUUUUCACUGUGAUUUCAGCAGCUCUAUAUUAUUACAAUGAACAAAAAACUGAUUUUCUUAAUGUCAUUAACGAUAUCCAAGAAAAUAGGCUAAGAUUAGUAGAAAAAUAUAUUCCAUGGGUGGUCCUUGUGGAAAAUGAUGAUGAAAGUGUUGCUAUGAACUUUAUUAAUGAACUUUCAGUCGUUCUAUACAGUCAGUCAUUUGAACCACAAGCUAAAACUAUUUUUGAAAAUUGCAGAGAUAAUGGAACAAAAAUAAUAUUGCGAUCGUCCAUCAUUAAAGAGCUCGAUGAUGAAGUCGUCAAUACUACAGAUGACUGGCUUACGAAUUACAUUCUUCAUCCACAAAACCUUAUCAUCGAACGAUUUAAGGAAAAAUGGGAAAUGGUGAAAAAAGAAACGAAUGAAGAGCUCAAUAAAAUUGUUGAACAGGUCUCACGAAGGCUAAAUGAAACUUUUCAAUUCAUUAACGCUAUGAACACAGUCUUGGCAGGACAAGGCGGUCAUUUGCUUACUUUUGUUGACGAACUAUUUAAGCCAAAAGAUGAUCAAAACAAAUGUUCAUCAUCUGACAAGAAAUUCUGCAUGGCUAAACUAUUCUAUAAUUAUUUAAUCGGAGAACAAGUGCCCACAGAAAUCACUGUUCGAACUGGUUCGGUCUAUACAAUUGACAGUUCAUGGAAGAAGCUUGUUGAUCAAUUUCCACAGAUAAAUGAAGAGAUAAAGCAAAUUUUUCGUUCGACUGAGCAUAUGUUUGAAACAGCUGCCAUCACUUAUCCUGGCCUUUUCUUAGAUAAGAUUUCUAGUCAACGGAUUGAGAUCGAGUCUAAGAUAAAAAAUAAGACGCAGUUAUUCAUUGACAAGAACUACUUAGGCAUUCGUGGCUUCAUAGAAAAACAAGUGAAAGGAUGCGGAGAAUCAUGUCCAUGUUGCAAACGAAUUUGUGACGUUGAUCAUCAUUUAGAUGUUACUUCGCCUGUUGGUUCCGGAGAGAAUCGGCAUUCUUGUCAGUUCGGUCAUCAGAUUCGUGCAAUGGGUGGCAUGCGUUAUGAAAUCAAUUCUGAAGCAUCAAUGGCAUGGUGUGAAAUUAUAAAAGAUGAAGAUGCGGUGAAUACAGAUAAUAAGCGGGAGAGUUGGGAAACAUUCAAAGAGGCUAAUAAUAAAUGGGACUUUGGUGAUCCGAAGAAACGGGGAACUUUGGAAACGCGCUAUGUAUCCAUUUGGAAACGCAUUGGUAGAAAACUAUGUGUUCAUUUUGGAAAUGGGAUGACGUUUGUCGAAAAGAAUACUCCUCUGCCAAUUAGUCACUUUAUCUUAGUUCUUGAUCAUUCUGGUUCGAUGAAUGAAAGAAACGGUAUUCCAUCGGAAAAGACACCUUGGGAACAUUUGCUUCAAGCUGUUGAAGCAUUUCUUAAGGUUCGUAAAAGGCAAAUCGCUUUUGCUGAUCAUAUCACUGUUAUUGUGUUUGGGAACCGAGCAGAACGGAUUUAUAAUCUUGAGAAACUGAAAAAUAUUGAUGUUGAACGACUGAACAUACCGAACGAAAUAUGUGGUGGAGGUACAUAUUAUUCUGCUGCAUUUCAGAUGGUUAUCAAGACACUCGAAGAAGUAAACAGUCGUCAAGAACGAGAUCGGUUUCGACAAGCACUUAUUUUUAUGACCGAUGGCGAACCUCUAGACAAUUCGACUGCAGAAUUACAGAAACUAUGUGAUUGGAGAAAAGGUUCGUAA